CGGCGUGUCCUGCUUGGUUAACACUGUUGGAGAUCGCAGAUGCGGUAUCUAAUGUCGUAUAAAUCACACUUUCCCUGCGAGACAUUCGUUAAAACCACGGAAUCCUAUUUGCAUCGGAAGUAUUAGUUCAUCCUGCGGUCUGUGUUCAUGAUGGCGAUGUUCCGCAGUUUUGUGUCUGCUGCUCAGCUCAGGCAGCAUCAGCAGCAAAAUGGAGCCGCAGCAGCCGCACCUGGGGAAAGCCUGGAGAGCCAGUUCUCUUGUCCCAUCUGUCUGGAGGUGUACCACAAACCUGUCAGCAUCGCAAGCUGCGCCCAUACUUUCUGUGGGGACUGUCUACAGCCGUGUUUGCAGGUGACAUCGCCUCUCUGUCCCCUCUGCCGUAUGCCUUUCGAUCCAAAGAAAGUGGACAAAUCCCCCAGCGUGGAGAAGCAGCUCUCUUCAUAUAAGGCUCCAUGUAGAGGGUGCAGCAAAAAGGUCACCCUGGUCAAAAUGCGGUCGCAUAUUUCAUCUUGCACAAAGGUUCAGGAACAGAUGGCCAAUUGCCCAAAGUUCAUGCCUGUGGUCCCCACCUCACAACCCAUUCCCAGCAAUAUUCCAAACCGCUCCACAUUUGUGUGCCCGUACUGUGGCGCUCGCAACUUGGACCAACAGGAACUAGUGAAGCACUCCAUGGAGAACCAUCGCAAUGACCCCAACAAAGUGGUAUGUCCAGUAUGUUCAGCUAUGCCUUGGGGUGACCCUAGCUAUAAGAGCUCCAACUUCCUGCAGCAUCUUCUCCACCGGCACAAAUUCUCCUAUGACACAUUUGUGGACUACAGCAUUGAUGAGGAGGCAGCACUGCAGGCAGCACUGACCCUCUCACUGUCUGAGAACUGAGAGUCUGGCAUUAUAUCCUGUACCACAAACACAACCAUGUGAAGGAUCUUCUCACCUGUCUUGUUUUAGGCUAAAUAUUUUCAUUGUUCCUCUGUUUGUCCUCUCACUCUACCUCUCUUCUGGUCUAUAUUUCUGAGCUACACUCCAGCUAGAUCCUGAAGUAGCUCUAUAGCUUGUUUACCAGUUGCAUAACAGUUGAGCAAGCUUGUUACUUCCUGAAUUUUAAGGGGAGGAGCUUCUGGUUGGCUAUCAUCAUCAUCAUCAUCGUUAUCGUAACCAUCAAAACUGCAACCAACAAGACACUGAUGUAUGCAAAAAGUCAGACAAAGGAAUAGAUCAAUAACACCAUGCUUGUUCUUGUUGUUCUUCCUAUUGUUUUCUGUCCAAAUGUGACAUAGACCCCAGCGAAGAAUUGAAAACCAGUACAGAAUCAGUUCAAAACAGUGCGUCAUGUUAAAGCGAAGUUGAAAAGGGAACUAUGUUGGGGUUGGCUGUCCUCUCAUCUUUAGGCAAUACCAGUAGAGAAUAGAGAGAAUGAGAGAUUGAUCUUCAGCAUCCUCAUUAUCACUAAUUUCUUCAUGUAUGGAAUGCGGAAUACCAUCUGCCCUUUUUUAAUCAAGAGUUGAUGUGAAUAAUUGCACUCGUCACAGUUUUCUACAUGUCUGAAUUCUAGUAUCGUUGUUCUUUUCUAGUUCAAUAACAGAAUAUUGACCGACAGGACUGCAUACUCUGCUCUUAACUUGCUACAGUAAUAUUUUCUAAGAAGCAUCGGAUAAGAUUAAAAUGUAUAUUUUUGGAAAAAAAGUUUCCGUUUUAAAUGGUGCACUAAUAAUAAGACGGCACGCUUCUAGAGGUGUGCUGAAACGUUUUAUCUUUUAAUGUAUCCAUUAGUACUGUUCAUCUGUAUCACUUACUAGUGCUGAUUUCAAGUCCUUCGGGAGACUUUUAUUUAUGAGUUCCGUAAUCUUAAUUUUGAUGCGAAGUGAAUUCAAGCGAUUUGGUCGGAAUAAGAUGGAUUCAUUGGGCAGGUGUCUUUCUCUCUCGAUCAUUUCCCGAUAAAAGCUUUUUAGCAUAUAUUUUAUCAUUCUUGUGCUGCCACAGAAAAUGAUAGGAAUUGUUCGCACACUUAACGAUCAACAGGUGGCCAAAAAUUGGUGUAUUAGCAUGGCAUAGUUAGCCUGCUGGUUGAGUCUGUAAUUACACACGCUGCUUUUUAAAAGCACCUGUUCCCAUUCAAAAUUAUGAUGUGAAUUCAUUUUCACAGUUAUAGUGUAUUAUGAUUAAUACCAGCUUCUGCCACGAUUCUUGUAUUGACAGGCAUUCAUGUCCACUAAAUACAAUCAUUCCAACGUAACUUGAAAGCAGCAUUGAUAUGGAGAAACUUGAGCACAUCCUAACAGGAAGUGGAACAGUGUGUAGUUGUUUUGGCCACAAAGUCAUUCAGAGCGCAGACUCGGCUUUGGUCUUUUACUACUACUGGUAGGGCUUUCUGUACUUUGUAAGUGUUGAAUCUAAGCCUAUGUACAGUGUUAAGGAGCACUGAUGUUUAGAGGAGCAUUGGUGUGAUAGGGUUAGGCAUUAGGGAUCAGAAUCUAAUAUCCCUACUUUGCAGACAUACCUAACCAUGUCUUUAAGUGUUGAGUUGACCGUUAGGAGAAAACAUACUCUACCCAAGUACACAAAUGUGAAUGCCAAAGCAUAGCUCAAAGUCAACAUUCUUUGUUUUCCUUUCUCUAAAAGGAUUUAAAACCAAACAAAGUAUUAAAAUGUGUAAUCCAAACAUGUUUCCUUGGAAGUAUUCAGGAAUGUUGGUGUUAUUACAGUGUAAUAACUGUGGCGUUAACAAACCACAGUACUCCGAAUGCGAUAGUCACCUUCAAAUUUCUGUGCUAUUAAACUGGAUGCAUUGUUAAGUAGCUAGCUAUAAACAUGUUGACUUUUAUCAGACAAGAUUCUUGUCAAACUGUUGUUGCGUCUUGACAAUACUUGACACAAAGGAAAACUGCCUCUUGAAGAAUUUAUAUUGCGAUAUUGCGUUUACAGUAAUGCUGUGAAUAGAUACUUGUGUUAUGAAUUGCGUUUUGACACAUUUUGGAAUACAACUUGUGAAACUGAGCUUGUGUACUAUAGCUAGAAUCAACUGUGUUUGUGUACCUGCAUAGAGUAUGUUACAGGUCUACAAUGAUGUGCUCCAAGCUUCUGAGUUUCUGUGGCGCGCUUAGUUUGGCAGAUUUGUUUGAUGCUGGUGCAUCAUUACGCAUUUGAUAUAGAUUUGAUAACUCUGCCAGAUGUAAUGGUUUUAAUAUAUUUAGAGCCAAUCUUGACAAAAGAGUGGAAGACCAUUAGGGCUGGUUGAAAUUUUUUUCAAGUUACCAACUUUUUUUUUUUUUUAGAAUAAGAUGAUGUUUCAACUUGUGAUUCAUUUCUGUGUUGAUGAGUGUUCGUUUAAUCUGUCGCAAUAGAGCUAUUGUGUUUAUCUCCAUUUUGUGAAUUAUUGUUAUUUUAAGCAAGGUUCAGCGUGUCACAAUCAUUGUCUAAUCUGAAACUCAGCGGCCAGGAAUUAAAUCGGUUUGAUUUAUGUAAAGGUCUGCAGCAUGAGUGACUUGGAAGAAAGGAACAUUUAUGAACUUGUGUGAUGUGAACAGUCAUUUGCUUCCAUAAAUAUCUUGCUGCCAGUUUCUAAUCAUUUAGAAAGUGUAAUGUGUAAUCACUUAGAGUGAUCUUUCCUGUAUGGUUUUCUUAAAAGCCAUAGUAGAGUUUGUAUUGAUUUCUUUAAAAAUAACACUGUGUCCUAAUGGGAUGACAAAAUCUUCCAUGCAGAUCAGAGUUUUUGUCUCUGAUUUAAUUGAUUUAUUUGAAGUUAUAUGAGCAUUGCCACUCAGAGUACAAUCUCAGAGAUGUCGUCUCAUUAUUACAGUAAUUCUGAGCAUGAAUAAUUGUCAAAUUUGUUCUGAUUUUCUUUUGUGUUUUUGCAUUUUCGCUUUCAGUAUAAGCAGACAAAUUACAGUACAUCUCUGGAAAUGUGUCACAUCUCAUUGGGACACAGUGUUAGAUGUCAUUUGUCUUUUAAUGUACAUUUGUACUGAAUACAGGGCCAUUUAUAAUUGUGUAAGGCCUUCUGGGUAAUGUUCAAAUGUCCUUGUUGGUAUUUAUUAAGAGGCCUGUUAAGAGGCUUAUACAUUCAUAGUAUAAGUGAUCACUUGUUUCGUCUUUUUUUGAUUUGAUUGUACAUAAAAUGGCAAGACUGCCACAUUUUUUUGUGGCAUAUGUCGAAAUUUGGAUGAAGGUGCAAUCACCUUUUCUGCUAAGAAGCAUGUUAAAAACAAUGCACUUUAAUUAACUCAAAUGUCUUUUGAUGGUUGAGUAGGAAUUUUGUUCCAGUUAUUUUAGCGUGACUGACUGCCAAAUGUAUUUUACAAGAGGCAGAUAAUUUGUCAUGUUAUUGUUGUGUGAAAAAAAAGGUAGGUCAGGUUAAAAAAACAUCAAACAUUUUCAGAAACUGGUAAUAUUGUAUUGUUAUUAGCAAAACCAUGAUGGCAAAAGUAGUAAAACUAAAGCAGAAAGAAUUUUUCAAUAGUUUCCAAACAAGAAUUGCCUACUGAAAAUGUGUUCAUUGUAUUUGAUGGCAAUGUGUUUUUCAUUGGCUUGUUUUGAGGUUUUACAUGGUGUCAGUAUUUUAUGGUCUUGCUCUGAAAGACUAAGAUGAAAUCGAAGAGUAGAAAGUAGAAAAAGACAACAGAGUUUCCCAGUA